AAGAGAGAAAUCAGUAACUUUGACUACCUCAUGUACCUGAACACUCUGGCUGGACGGAGCUACAAUGACUACAUGCAGUACCCAGUGUUCCCUUGGGUCCUUGCUGACUACCACUCACAGACAUUGAACCUUACUAACCCCCGGACCUUCCGAGACCUUUCGAAGCCCAUGGGAGCACAGACCUUAGAGAGGAAACGGAAAUUCCUCCAGCGCUACAACGAGGUGGAGAAGAGUGAGGGAGACCUGUUGGCCCGAUGUCACUACUGUACCCACUAUUCAUCUGCGAUUAUAGUGGCAUCUUACUUGGUCCGAAUGGAGCCAUUUACACAAACAUUCUGUUCCUUGCAGGGUGGAGGCUUUGAUGUUGCAGACCGGAUGUUUCACAGUGUGAAGAACACGUGGGACUCAGCAUCACGAGAAAACAUGAGUGAUGUCAGGGAGCUCAUCCCUGAAUUCUUCUACUUGCCUGAGUUUUUAACCAACUCUAAUAAUUUUGAAUUUGGCAGCAUGCAGGAUGGAACUGUGAUGGGAGAUAUACAGCUUCCCCCCUGGGCAGAUGGAGACCCUCAUAAAUUCAUCAAUUUACAUAGGCAGGCUCUGGAAAGUGACUAUGUCAGUGCACAUCUUCAUCAUUGGAUUGAUCUGAUUUUUGGUUAUAAGCAACAUGGCUCAGCUGCAGUGGAGGCGGUUAACACCUUUCAUCCUUAUUUUUAUGGAGACAAGAUGGACCUCAACAGCAUUAGUGAUCCUCUGAUUAAAAGCACCAUCCUGGGCUUCGUCAGCAACUUUGGGCAGAUACCAAAACAGCUCUUUACUAAACAUCAUCCAUCCAGAAAUGUCCAAGGAAAAAAUGCAUCAGGGAAAGAGUCUGCAUUGGUACUUCAUUCUAGUGGACUUUUACCUCCAUUACUCAGCAGCCUGCAAAAUCUGAAGAUGUCUCCUGUUACUCUCAAAGAGUCACCCAAAGGACCCAUUGGACACAUUGUUCAUACGGAGAAAAGCAUUCUGGCUGUUGAGAGAAAUAAAGUGUUGAUUCCCCCUCUUUGGAACAAAACCUUCUGCUGGGGAUUUGAUGACUUCAGCUGUUGCUUUGCAAACUAUGGAUCUGACAAGAACAUGACAGUAUUCGAAUGCAUGGCAGACUGGGGAAAGUGCCUCUGUGCUGUGUGCCCAACACCAACAACUGUCAUCACUUCCGGAACAAGCUCUGUUGUGUGUGUCUGGGAGAUUUCCCUGCUCAAGGACAAAGUGAAUGCCCUAACCUUGAAAAAGACUUUGUAUGGACACACCCAGGCAGUGACCUGCCUGGCCACCUCUGUGACCUAUAGCAUGAUUGUGAGUGGAUCUGAUGACAAAACCUGCAUCAUAUGGGACCUGAACCAGCUGACAUAUAUAAGCCAGCUUCCUACCCAUGGGGCAAGUCUCUCUGCUGUUGCUGUCAGUGAUUCAAUGGGUGAUAUUGCCUCUUGUGCUGGAUCCUAUUUACAUCUAUGGACCAUCAAUGGGCAGCCCCUUGCAAGUAUAAAUACCACUGGCAGCCUGGAAGGGGAGAUUAUUUGCUGCUGUUUCACUGAAGUAAUGGACUGGGAUACACGCAGUGUCAUCGUUACUGGGGGCACAGAUGGCAUUGUGAGGCUAUGGAAGAUGGAAUAUGCCAAAGCCCCAGACCAGGUGGUUGGAUCAAGACCACAAAAAGACACAACAGAAAUUCUGGACAACAAAGGUAACAAGGGGAGAAAACAUCUUGUUCUCUGUCGGGAGUUAGAUAUCAGCAUUGCCUUGAAUGGAAAACCUAGUAAGAACAAUCCAGCGGUGACAGCCCUUGCUGUAUCCAGAAACUCUUCUAAGCUCCUAGUUGGCGAUGACUGGGGGAAGAUACAUUGUUGGUCCAUAGAUGGGUAGGAAGAAAUGACAAGGAGCUCUUGUUCUCAACCACUGUGAAGUCUGGAUGGAAAGAAAAUUAUCCUUCAAAGCACACAGGAUUUGGAAGAAUGGAAAGGGCACAGAGGGGAAUUAAUUUAAUUGGAGACAAUGGAUUGUAGGAUCAAGUUUGGAUCAGAUAAAAACAUAAGAAGGGCUGUACUGGAUCAGAAUAAUGGUCUUCAUAGUCCAGUAUUUUGCCUCCAGUGGUGGCAAGUAGUAGAUGGUUUCAAAAGAGAGUAUAUAAAUGGGGCACAUCUAGAAUGAUUUAUCACUUGCCAUACCCUCUGUGGCAUCAGCCAUCAUUGGUUUAAAAUAUCAGAAGAUACUUUUCUGAUUGUUCUAUUUAAUAGCUAUGAAUGGAACUUUCCUCCAUGACUUUGUCUAAUCCCUUUUUAACCUGGUCAUAUUCUCUACUUCUACAACUGCCUGUGUUAAUGAGUUAACUAUACACUGUGUAAAAAUGUACUUUCUCAUGUUAGUUUUAAACUUGCUUUCUGAUCAUUUCAGUGGGUGUCCCCUAGCUCUUAUAUUCUGGGAGUUGGUGAAUAACGAUCCACAUUCACUUUAUCCACACACUUCAUAGUUUUAUAGACCUCUAUCAUAUCCCCCUCUACCUUUCCCUUUCUAAACUGAAGAAACCUAGCCGUUUUAGUUUCUCUUGGUACAGCGGCUACUCCAUAUUCCUGAUCAUCUUGGUUGCUUUUCUCAGUACAUUUUCUAAUUUUACUACAUCCUUUCUAAUACACAGAGACCAGAACUACGUGACACAUUCAAGAUGUAGAUGCACUGUGGACUUAGAGUAGCACAGGGAUUUUUUUAAUGUUUUGUUUUCAAUUGCCUUCUUAAUGAUACCUAACAUUUAAUUGGCUUUUUUUGUCACUGCUGCACAUUGAGCUGACAUUUUUAGAGAACUAUGUACAGUGACUCCAAGGUCUGUUUCCUGAGUGGUAACAGCUAGUUCAGAGCCCAGCAUUGCAUAUGUAUAGUUGAGGUUCCCUGUAAUAAGGAUGCAGAACUUGGUACUAUGAUGCAUUAUUGGUCCUGCUUUUCAAAGUAAUAGGGUCCAGUCCUGUCUACAGCACACAUACAAAUUAUCAAUAUGUUUGCUAAUUAGAAUCACUACCAGUGGGAUAAGAAUCUGUUGUUGUGGCCCCUGUAACAAACCAGACUCAUGUUCCUUCUGGAUUCCAAGAAAAGCAGUAAGAAUUUCACCACUGGCUUCAGUAGGAAUAGAUCUGUAAAAGCUAAAUGUUGCUGGAACAUGGAAUAGCAGAUACUUCUUGGUAUGUACAUUCA